UAUCGUGGUUUUUUCUAUUUUUCGCAACUUUAAAUGCAUAAAGGAUUUGGAAUGAUAGUGGGUUUAGAUUGUGUCUCACAAUGUGGAAUUAUUAAAGAAAACAUUUAUUGGAUAAUUGUAAAAAUUCAUUCAUUGGAAAAUUUGUAAAUAAUAAUAAUGGAGUCUAAGAUAAAACCAUUUACGGUGCUUGAAGCGUCAUAUGACGGUUCACCAGCUCCAGAUGAAUUUUUAGAGUCCUGUAGAAAAGAUACUUAUUCAGCACCAGAAAUUAUUUUUGAAAAAAAGGAAAACAAUGAUGCAAAGAACAAAGAUGUACCAGACAGAGGUAAAUGGGGAAAAAGUAUUCACAGUCUUCUUCUAUGCAUAUCUAUGUCAGUUGGAUUGGGGAAUGUAUGGAGAUUUCCUAAUGUUGCUUACAAAAAUGGAGGAGGUGCAUUUCUAAUACCAUAUUUACUUUUACUCGUUAUUAUUGGCCGCCCAUUAUACUAUUUAGAACUAAUUCUUGGGCAAUUUUCCAGUCAAGGACCAAUAAAACUCUGGAGAAUUGUUCCUGCUUUCAAAGGCAUUGGAUAUGCUCAAGUGAUUUCCGUAGCAUUUAUUGUUAUAUUUUAUAAUUAUCUGAUGGCAUUAAGUAUUUUCUACAUAUAUUCUUCAUGCUCGGCUUGCCUACCUUGGACUGACUGCCAUUACCCAAACAGAACGGAUAUAGUAAACAUGACUACCGCUGAAUAUUUUUGGAAGAAUGAAGUAUUAGAAUUGGAUUAUGACAAUCCCGAUACAGUAACCCAUAUAAGCUGGAAGCUAGUAAUAUCACUCCUUGUCACGUGGAUUUUGGUUUAUAUUACAAUUGUACAGGGUACUGAAUCUCUGGGGAAGAUGGCUUAUUUUACGGCUGUGUUUCCAUACAUAGUAUUAACAGCUUUGCUGAUUGUAGCUCUACAAAACAAAGGAUCAUGGGAAGGCAUAAAGUUCUUUUUUGAACCUGAGUUAGAGAAACUUUUAGAAAUAGAGGUAUGGUACAGAGCGUGCGAACAGUCCUUUUUUUCUCUUGCGAUCGGUUAUGGUAACAUCGUCAUGAUAGCUAGUUACAACAAAUUCUCAAAUAACGUCUACAAGGAUGCUAUAAUUAUAAGUGUUUUAGAUACCUUUACGAAUAUUUUAGCUGGAUGUGUCAUAUUUGCAGUACUUGGAACUUUAGCACAUGAGAAAAACCUUCCAAUUGACGACGUUGUUGAUCAUGGAGGUUUAGGAUUAGCAUAUGUUAUAUAUCCUCAAGCACUAGCAAAUAUAAAGUUCAUUCCUCAAUUGUGGUCAGUGCUGUUCUUUAUCAUGCUGUUUACUUUAGGGAUUGGAAGUUCUAGUUCUCAAAUUGAAACUGUAUCAACUGUUAUAAAAGACAAAUUUCCAAAACUUAGAGAAAAUAAAAGUUGGCUAUCGCUAGGAUUAUGUGUCGUAUUCUUUUGCCUUGGUCUUCCUUUAACAACAAAUGUUGGGCAACAUAUAUUAGAAUUGUUAAAUAAUUAUGGUGUUAGUGCUGCCGGUUUCUUUUACGCAACUCUUGAACUUGCAGGUGUAAUGUGGAUUUAUGGCGUUCGAAAUUUUAUGGCGGAUGUAACUUACAUGCUUGGAUCCACACCAGGAAUUUUUUGGAAAUUUACAUGGUCGUUUGCAGCUCCUGUAUCUCUUGUGAUAAUAUUUGUUUACGGACAUGUAGUUGUGGACAAGAAAGAUCCUUUACCUCUUUGGGCGGAGUACACUGGCUGGUUCCUUGCUUUUAUAGCUCUAAUACAAAUUCCAAUAUGGGGACUCUACGUAAUUUAUAGAAAUCCAAGUGAAACUAUUCAAAAAAAAAUUUUGAAUAGCUUCAAGGCAACAAAGGACUGGGGACCUAGUGAUCCUGUCGAUAAAGCAGGAUGGCUUGCCAUCAAAAAUUCUAAAGAUGAAAGUUCUAAAGAAAAUAGCAAUGUUGUAUUAUCUGCUGUUUACAAUCAAUCAUUUCAAGAAGACAUUUAUUAAAAAAGAACGAUUUACAGAUAAUUUAUUCUCCAAAUCUAUUUUCAUUUCACAGUUUUUUUUAUGUAUACUAUGUAUUUAUAAGUUAUUUAUUUAUAAUUUAUUUAUUUAUUAAUGUCUUUAAAACAUAUAGCUAUGUUGCGAAGUUGGGCAAAACGUAAUUUAUUUCAAAAAAGGAAAUAAAAUUGUAAAUAUCUCAU